CGCAGGGAGCCGCCGGAGAGAGAGCACCUCCGACACCAGAGAGGAAUGUCCCCAAGUUUUGGAAUUUAAAACCAUGGCGAGGAUAUCUAACCUACGGAUCACUUGAAACUGGCUCCCACCUCGUGCCUCUGUGGAUGAUGUUCCUGAUGACGGCUUGCAACACUGAGAGUGGGACAGCCGAUCAAUAGGAGUUUUGUUGCCCCCCCCCCCUUCAUCCUGCUCUCUCUCCCUAUAACUGUCCUCCAUUAUUCCUGGACAGAAGAGUAAUAAACGAAAGAAAAUCCUGACUUAGCUCUUGGUACCAGAGCUUGUACUCCUCCUCCUUCUCCUCCUUUCUUUCUCCUUCCCCAACCCCCUAAGCCUUGCCUCUAAACAGCCCAGAUAUGUGUCCCCUAUCUCGGUCAGCGACUUCCCCGGGCCAGGGGAACUUGUGUCUCCUCUUGGGGUUUUUGCUUAUCAUGAGCUCAUCCCUCUCUGGAGCCCAACCCCCGCCAUUUAAACGUUUUGCUCCCACUGAGUCGGGGCUUACACAUCUGGCCAUCCACAACAAAACUGGAGAAGUAUAUGUGGGAGCCGUCAACUGGAUUUUUAAGCUGUCUAGCAACUUGACCAAACUGCGUAGCCACAUGACUGGCCCAGUUGUCGACAAUGAGAAGUGCUACCCUCCGCCCAGUGUCCAAUCCUGCCCUCAUGAGCUAGCCCAGACCCCAAAUGUGAACAAGCUUCUUCUCAUAGACUAUGACCCAAACCGCCUCAUUGCCUGUGGCAGCACUUCACAGGGGAUCUGUCAGUUCCUACGUCUGGACGACCUCUUUAAACUCGGCGAGCCGCACCACCGCAAGGAACACUACCUCUCCAGUGUGGCAGAGUCCGGUACUAUGUCCGGGGUCAUCAUAAGCUCUCCGCACAGUACCACCAGCAAGUUAUUCAUCGGAACCCCUAUUGAUGGCAAAUCUGAGUACUUCCCCACCCUGUCUAGCCGCAAGCUGAUGGAGAAUGAAGAAAAUGCCGAAAUGUUCAGCUUUGUCUAUCAGGAUGAGUUUGUCUCCUCUCAACUGAAGAUCCCCUCGGACACUUUGUCCAAAUUCCCUGCUUUCGACAUUUAUUAUGUUUACAGCUUCAGCAGCGAGCAGUUUGUUUAUUACCUAACAAUGCAGCUGGAUACUCAAUUGACUUCCCCAGAUGCUAGUGGAGAGCAGUUCUUCACUUCCAAAAUAGUCCGCCUCUGCGUGGACGACCCCAAGUUUUACUCCUACGUCGAGUUUCCCAUUGGCUGCACUAAAGAUGGGGUAGAGUACCGCCUGGUGCAGGAUGCCUUCUUGGCUCGGCCGGGCCGGCAGCUGGCCAACUCCCUGGGGAUCUCCGAGAAUGAAGACAUCCUCUUCACAGUCUUCUCUCAGGGUCAGAAGAAUCGGGCCAAACCACCCAAAGAGUCAGCAUUGUGUCUGUUCACCCUGAGGAGGAUAAAGGAGAAGAUCAAAGAGAGAAUUCAGUCCUGCUACAAGGGAGACGGCAAACUCUCCUUACCCUGGCUGCUCAACAAGGAGCUCGCCUGCAUCAACUCGCCACUGCAGAUAGACGAUAACUUCUGCGGUCAGGACUUCAACCAACCUCUGGGGGGAACCAGCACCAUCGAGGGCAUCCCCCUCUUCAUCGACAAAGAUGAUGGCAUGACCUCCGUCGCAGCUUACGACUACCGUGGGAACACCGUGGCAUUUGUUGGAACGCGGAAUGGAAAACUUAAGAAGAUCUUGGUGAACUCUGUGAGUCCCAACCGUCCAGCAGUGCUCUACGAGAAGGUCACAGUGAGCAAGGCAGGAAAUCCCUUACUGCGAGACAUGAUGUUCAGCCCGGACCAGUCGCACAUCUACACACUGACCGACAGACAGGUGGUGAGAGUCCCUGUGGAAAGCUGCGAGCAGUAUACCACUUGUGGGGAGUGUUUGGGCUCCAGAGACCCUCACUGUGGAUGGUGUGUCCUCCACAAUGUAUGUUCACGAAAGGACCGAUGUGAUCGAGCCGGAGAGCCGCAGAGGUUUGCUUCAGACCAGAGGCAGUGUGUGGAGCUUACCGUUCAACCCAGAAAUAUCUCUGUCACCAUGUCUGAAGUCCAGCUGGUCCUCGAGGCUCGUAACGUGCCUGAUCUGUCAGCGGGGGUCAACUGCUCCUUCGAGGACUAUGUGGAGACGGAGGGACAGAUCCAGGGUGGUCACAUUUUCUGCCUGUCUCCCUCCGUCCGGGAAAUCAUCCCAAUCACCAGGAACAAAGGUGACAAGCGAGUGGUAAAGCUCUAUCUGAAGUCAAAGGAGACGGGCAAGAAGUUCGCCAGCGUUGAUUUUGUUUUCUACAACUGCAGCGUCCACCAGUCCUGCCUCUCCUGUGUGAACGGCUCGUUCCCAUGCCACUGGUGCAAGUACCGCCACAUGUGCACUCAGAACGCCAAUGACUGCUCUUUCCAGGAGGGACGCGUCAAUGUCUCUGAGGACUGCCCUCAGAUCCUUCCCUCAACGCAGAUCUACAUCCCUGUGGGGGUGACCAAGCCAAUCACUUUAGCCGCCAAGAACCUGCCUCAGCCCCAGUCGGGACAGAGGAACUACGAGUGUGUCUUCCACAUCCAGGGGGAGACGCACAAUGUGCCCGCCCUGCGCUUCAACAGCACCUCCAUCCAGUGCCAGAAAACAGCGUAUGCCUAUGAGGGCAAUGACAUCAGCGACCUGCCGGUGGAUUUGUCUGUGGUCUGGAACGGAAACUUUGUCAUCGACAACCCGUACAACAUCCAAGCCCACCUAUAUAAAUGCUACGCCCUGAGGGACAGCUGCGGGAUGUGUCUGAAGGCAAACCCCAGGUUUGAGUGCGGCUGGUGCGUACAGGAGAAGAAGUGCUCCAUGAGGCAGGAGUGUACUCCAGCAGAGAGCUCUUGGAUGCACGCCACCACAGGAAACAGCCGCUGUGCGCACCCCAAGAUCAUCAAGUUGUCUCCGGAGACAGGACCCCGACAGGGAGGAACCAUGCUGACCAUCACGGGGGAGAACCUCGGUCUACAGUUCAAAGACAUCCAGAAUGGAGUCCGCAUCGGCAAGGUGGCCUGUAACCCUCAGGAGGACCAAUACAUCAGUGCUGAGCAGAUUGUGUGCCAGCUGAAUGACGCAACAGGUUACAGGGUGCAGGAGGCCCAGGUAGAAGUGUGUGUUAGGGAUUGCAUUCACCCAGACUACAAAGCCACCUCCACCAAGGCCUUCACGUUUGUGUCUCCGUACUUCACACGGGUCGUUCCUUCCACUGGGCCACUGUCUGGAGGAACAAGGAUCACUAUUGAAGGCAGUAAUCUCAACGCAGGCAGUGCUGUAUCUGUGAAGAUUGGACUUCACCCAUGCCGCUUUGUGAGGCGGAGCAACAAAGAGAUAGUGUGUGUGACCCCGUCAGGACAGGUCUCAGGAACUACGCCGGUCAUGGUGGACAUCAACUCUGCCGAGCUGAGGAACCCAGAGGUCAAGUUCAACUACUCAGAGGAUCCCACCAUCCUUAAGAUCGAGCCUGACUGGAGUAUCGCCAGUGGAGGAACCAUGUUGACCAUUACUGGAACCAAUCUGGCAACCAUCAAGGAGCCCAAAAUGAGAGCCAAGUAUGGAGCUGCCAAGUCAGAGAAUAACUGCACGGUUGUCAGCAACACAGUGAUGGUGUGCCUGGCGCCCUCUGUGGCCGCAUCAGAAAAAGUAUUCUCGGAGGCGGGCAGCAGUCCCGAUGAGAUCGGCUUUGUCAUGGACGACGUGCGCUCUGUGCUGGUGGUAAACGAGACUUUCAGCUACCACCCGGACCCCGUGUUCGAACCUCUGAGCCCCACGGGCAUGCUGGAGCUAAAGCCCAGCUCACCACUCAUACUCAAGGGCCGUAACCUAAUUCCUACAGCCCCGGGAAACACAAAGCUGAACUACACGGUGCUGAUCGGGGAGACUCUCUGCAUACUCACCCUGUCCGAGACCCAGCUGCUCUGUGAAUGGCCCAACCUGACCGGAGAACAUAAAGUCACUGUGCGUGUUGGAGGCUUUGAAUACUCUCCUGGGACCUUGCAGAUCUACUCAGACAGCCUGCUCACCCUCCCUGCCAUCAUCGGUAUUGGAGGAGGUGGUGGCCUGCUCCUGCUGGUUAUCAUUGUGGUGCUGAUUGCCUACAAGAGGAAGUCGCGGGAUGCCGACCGCACCCUCAAACGCCUGCAACUGCAGAUGGAUAACCUGGAGUCCAGAGUGGCACUCGAGUGCAAGGAAGCCUUUGCAGAGCUGCAGACAGACAUCCAUGAGCUGACUCAGGAGCUGGACGGAGCAGGAAUCCCCUUCCUGGACUACCGCACCUACGCCAUGAGAGUCCUCUUUCCUGGGAUAGAGGACCACCCAGUGCUCAAGGAGAUGGAGGUACGGGUCCCCGCCAACACGGAGAAGGCCCUGACACUAUUCGGCCAGAUGCUGACCAAAAAGCACUUCCUGCUGACCUUCAUCCGCACCUUGGAGGCGCAGCGGUCCUUCUCCAUGCGGGACAGGGGCAAUGUGGCCUCCCUCAUCAUGACGGCGCUGCAGGGGGAGAUGGAGUACGCCACGGGGGUUCUCAAACAGCUCCUAUCUGACCUCAUCGACAAAAACCUGGAGAGCAAGAACCAUCCGAAGCUCUUGCUCAGGAGGACGGAGUCAGUUGCUGAGAAGAUGCUCACCAACUGGUUCACCUUCCUGCUUUACAAGUUCCUCAAGGAGUGUGCUGGUGAGCCGCUCUUCAUGCUGUACUGCGCCAUGAAGCAGCAAAUGGAAAAGGGACCAAUAGACUCAAUCACAGGAGAGGCCCGCUACUCCCUCAGCGAAGACAAACUCAUCAGGCAGCAGAUUGACUACAAGACUUUGACGCUGCAUUGUGUGAACCCGGAGAAUGAGAACGCUCCGGAGGUGACAGUGAAGAGCCUGAACUGUGACACCGUCACUCAGGUGAAGGAGAAGCUGCUGGACGCUGUGUACAAGGGAACACCCUACUCCCAGAGACCAAAGGCCUCAGAUAUGGAUCUGGAAUGGCGGCAGGGUAGGAUGGCACGCAUCAUCCUGCAGGACGAGGAUGUCACCACUAAGAUCGACAAUGACUGGAAGAGACUCAACACCCUGGCUCACUAUCAGGUGACCGACGGCUCAGUGAUUGCCCUGGUGCCUAAACAGAACUCAGCCUACAACAUCUCCAACUCCUCCACAUUCACCAAGUCUCUCAGCAGAUACGAGAGCAUGCUGAGGACAGCCAGCAGUCCAGACAGCCUGCGCUCCCGGACACCGAUGAUCACCCCCGACCUGGAGAGUGGCACCAAACUGUGGCACCUGGUGAAGAACCACGAUCACUCAGACCAGAGGGAAGGAGACAGAGGGAGCAAGAUGGUCUCUGAGAUCUACCUGACAAGACUGCUGGCCACAAAGGGUACGCUCCAGAAGUUUGUGGAUGACCUGUUCGAGACCAUCUUCAGCACGGCGCACCGAGGGAGUGCCCUGCCUCUCGCCAUCAAGUACAUGUUUGACUUCCUGGACGAGCAGGCAGACAAACACUCCAUAUCAGACUCUGAUGUGCGGCACACUUGGAAGAGCAACUGUCUUCCACUGCGGUUCUGGGUGAACGUUAUCAAAAACCCCCAGUUUGUCUUUGACAUCCAUAAGAACAGCAUCACAGACGCCUGCCUGUCUGUGGUGGCUCAAACCUUCAUGGACUCCUGUUCAACAUCUGAGCAUAAACUAGGGAAGGACUCGCCUUCUAACAAGCUGCUCUAUGCUAAAGACAUCCCCAAUUAUAAGAACUGGGUAGAAAGGUACUACUCUGACAUCUCCAGGAUGCCGGUCAUCAGCGACCAGGACAUGAGUGCAUACCUGGCGGAGCAGUCGCGCCUGCACGCCAACCAGUUCAACAGCAUGUCCGCCCUAAACGAGAUCUACUCCUACAUUGUCAAGUACAAGGAUGAGAUCUUGUCGGCUUUGGAGCGGGACGAGCAGGCAAGGCGACAGAGACUGAGGAGCAAGCUGGAGCAGGUCAUCGACACAAUGGCCCUGAGCAGCUGAGGACCAUCCUGCACCUCCAUCUCCUCCUUCUCUUCACUCCUCCUCUCCAUCUGUGUCUCUCAAUCGUUCCUCUCAACCAGACAACAAACAAAACUCCAACCCCCAACAAUACGACAGACAAACUGCAAAAGGACUGACGCAGAAUACUGCAAAAUGGGGGGGUUCGGCAGAGAUGGGCGGGCCUGUGUACGCUUACAUGUGUAUGUGUGUGUUUGUCUGCAGCCCCAUACAGCGUGUGGGCUCGUGUCUGUGUGAGAGACUGGGACGCCAGACGUUUUCACACACGCAUACAUGGAGAAACAUGUCAACUGACAGCAUUUGAUUAUUGUUGAUGUUGGUGUUUGUCGUUUGCUUGAUUUUGAUUUCUGGAGUUUUUUCGUGAUGAAGCGGUGGUCAGGAAAGAAACAAUGAAAGCCCGGAAAGGAACUCCAUUUAUGGCACCAUUUGCAGGAUGGACCAAUCUGUGACGAGCCAAUGGAGAAAGGCUCUUUAGGUCAUGUGACUCCAACGUGUCACAGUUUUAAAGGAUGUUAGAUUUUUCUCUUUUUGUUUUUCUUUUUUGUAUAGAUGUAAUCAACUGCCCACUCUCUGAUCUCUCGCCACUUGUAUUACUGCUGAAUUUGCACAAUUUACAGAAACGUUACAAAGGAAGACGAUAUAGAUAUUAUAUAUAAAUACAGCUACCUUUUUAAAGAAAGAAUAGGGAGAAAAACAUUUUUGUUGUUUUUUUUCUCAUUUUAAACCAACAAACAGAAUAAAAAUAACAACAAUAAAACAUGAUUUGAUAUUUCAAGUACAAAAGAAAAACAACGUAGACAAAAAAAAAAACAACGAAAAACAAACUAAAAAGUCGUACUGUGCCAUGUUUUCUUUGAAUGUUGUUUAGUGCAAAGACAUUUUGUUAGAUGGAAUGUGCUACCGUAUGAUUUUAAGUAUGCCUAGUGACUGAAACGAAUUGUUUGAGUAAUGACCCUUCAAAAGAUCCUUGUUGAAAAUGACUGGAAAGGACACAAAGAUGUCCGUCUUAUCGAGUUAGGACAGUUCACGGUGUCGUGGCGAUAACAUGAAGAUGCUGUUGUUUUUAAUUCAAUCAGUGCAAUCGUUUGGUUUCAGAAAACCAAAAAUAUACUCACAGGAUUGUUGCUUUAUCAUGGUCACGUUAGUAUCCAGCGCCACAGCUGGUUCUCCGAGGGGGAAGAAGUGACAGUAGAGUGGAUCAUGUUUUAGUAACUGAAUAAUGAAGUAGCUACAUUGCACUACCUGACAUAUUUCUGUUCCCCAAUACCACAUAGCCACCAUAUCUAACCAUGAGGAUUCCACAGGACCCCAGUUUGUGUUGCCUACCCAUGAAGGGUCAUGCAUUAUCCAAUAGUCCUGUUAGAGCAAAGCCAAAACCUCGGUGCUCUCAGACGCUGUUCACGUCUUUACAGAAGCAACAAUGAGGUCAGGUAGAGCGCAGACCUCAGUGGUGAAACAACGUGGAGAAAGCUCAAUGUUAAUACCCAUACAGAGGGACAUAGAAAAUAUAUACUGAGGUUUUCUCUCCACCUGUAACCUAUCUAUUUGAGACAGGGGUGUUAGCUUUUUAUCCAUAAUGGGGAGUAAAUGAAGAUACAGAGGUGAGACGCCUCUGUUCAUUAGCUCCACAAAGCUGAGUAAUCCUCCCCUUAGCCUGCAGCUCUUGUUUCAAAACUAGCCUUUUGCCAUGUGUGGCUUAAGCUUCUUUUUCUAUUACUGCUCUCUUAAGAACAUUUCUCUGUUUCUCUUUUUUUGAAGUCAGGGUUUUUGACUUGGUGGUGAGAAAAACAUUUUUUUUCUUUUGUUUGCUUGCCGAAAAACCAAACUGUGGUCUGUAAAAUGUUUUUGUUGUUUUAAUUUGUAAAUUGUAUACUUUUUCAUAAUGAACAAGAGCUGUUUGCCAUUUUUUCGUAAUCAGGUUGUUUUCAUCAUUUUAUUUUGAAUAUGUAAAUUGUACAUUUUAUGGUACACAGAAGACAACAUGUUUGCUUUGGUUUGCCUGAAAUUGAAGAACUCGAGGUUUAUUUUCCUGAUCUUAAGGAUCAAAAUGAAAUUGUUGCAUCAGAUGAGCAUCUGUGUCUUUGUGAUGGAAAUGUGACUUGCUGCUUUAACUCUUGUACCUUGUUUUUCUAUCAAACAUUAGGGCUGUCAUUUUAUGCUGAUCAUAGAUGCUGUCGCUGUCUAUUUUUCCGCCAGGUCUUUGAAAAAAAUCUCUCAUAUCCACGAAAAGUGAGCACAGCUCCCAGAUACAUGUCAACAGCACCAUUUUGUUUACAUGUCUUAGAUGUGACAUUGCUUUGUACCGCUGCAGCUACAUAUGAGCCUAAUUCAACUGGAUACCUGUAGGGACUAAAAGUUCACUCUGUACCUACCGAAUAUAUCUUGAGGGGCCCGUUUUAGGAAAGACAUUUCUCCUGUUCAGUUGAUAACGGUGGCUACUGUCAUAACAUAAUAUCUGUUAAAAUAUUAAAGAGAGUACUGCAAAACCUCCACCAAUAAUCCUUAGUCCACACUUUUGAAAAACAAGCUUUUUUUUCUUCUUCGGUAUGCAGCUGAGUUUUUGCUGCAGUCAUACACUUGAUGCUCUCACAAUAGAUCAAAGAGCAAGGAAAUCAGAGCUCAGGAGUGCUGUAAACAGCAGUGCUUUACAUGAUCAUUAUGAGCACUAUGUACAGUAGGGACACAUCCACCUGCUCCGUGCAAAAGCACACCGAGUGAAAGUCUGUGCUCGUUGAUGCUCGUUUUUUUUUAGGACACUUGAACACUCUCAAUUCAUUCUCAGGUUCAUGGUUAAUUUGUGUCGUAUUUUGGUUGUAAUUUGGUUGAUAAAAUGAGUGCUGCGGGAGUUGGGUAGUUUAUCGUUUGCAUGGCUACUUGCCUUUUUAAACAAAUUGUGAGAGGAACUUACCAGUCACCAUUCUUUAUCCUUCAUUUUGCACAGUUUGGUGUGAUAAUUGGCUCGUAUUAAGUGUUGUGGAGUUGGUAUACAGCAUGUCUGUUUAAGAGUGUCAGGAGGAAGCAUCAGGUGACUUAAAACCUGUCCCCAUUACAACAUGACGACUGCAGAGUUGCUGGGUUUUUGCUGUUUAAAUGAACAAAUGGCUUCAGUGUGAGCAGAGUCAGCACAUACUCAUGUAUCUCGUGUUUAAAUCUCAGCUCUUAAGACAUGCUUGGUCAUACUUUUGCCUUCCCACAAAAAAAAAAUAACAUUGUUGAAUCAAAUGCAAGUCCUGGCACCAUUUAUGUUUUCAGUUUUAUUUUUCAGGCUUUCUUCCGAUACUGGGGAAUACAGUGGUUUUCCUUUUUUUUGUAAACGGAAGUUACAUAAAAUCCAAGGAACGCAAGGCAAAUGAAUUCAGACAGAGCUGGCAAAGGAAUUUUAAUACUACAAUAACUCGGAUACAUUUUUAGAGUUUCUGACUUGAAGCGACUGUCACAAGUUUGCAGGUUAACAUUCAUUGUGUAAAUAUUCUGUUAUUUCCUAUUUUGCAGAUUUACUACUUGUAAAUAAACACGCAUCAAGGAGAGAUUAAACAUUUUUUGCUAAAUAAAA